GUAUGUUGAACUGGAUCUCCAACGGUUUUGCAAGCGCACUGCCCCAACCUGCAGGGAGUCCUCUUCUUACGAGAGCCAACCCUGAUACUAAAUCACUUCAGGAUGAAGGUUCUACGGACAGGGCUGGAGUUAUUGGCUGGAUCUCACAAGGAAUUGGAAAGGUGGUCCCGCAGCCUGAUGAGAAACACAUACGGGACGAGACUCCAGAAUCUGAAGAAGUCACAGAGGUUUACGAGGCAAAGGACCUUCCUGAUCAGGAGCCUUUGGCACAUAUACAAGUAGUAGAGCUGGUGUCAGAAGACGAGAUGUCGGAGGUGGAACCAACCGCUCAGUUCCCUCCUAAUGUAAUGAACUGGAUAAAGAGCGGCUUCCAGAACGCUAUACCGCACCAUGUGACCAGACCCCCAAAUUCCAGUUCUUCCACGCCGAGGUCAUCACAGUGCUCAAACAAAGUUUAUUCACCUCCUCCAGAGUCGAUAACCAGCGUGACGGAGAUCGAAUUGAAAACUCCCAGUAUGGUGGGCUGGAUUGUUCAGGGUCUGGGUCUUUCAAUGCCACAAGCGAUGCUUAAAAACAAAGAAGGAUGUUUGGAGGACGGGAAGAUUGUGCAAAAUGGCAGUGCUCGGUCAGCUCCUGCAGACCUUGUUCUUGAGGAGAUUGACUCUGAAGAUGAGGCUCAAGAAAAAACAUGUUCAGCAACAAACUCAUUGCCAAAUUCACAAACUCAGUCCCAACCACAAACACCUUGGUCGCCGGAACAAUCUCUUCCACUGAGUGUCACCACACCAGCACAAAUAGAACUGGAGGACGCAGAGACCCAAACCGCACGAUGGACGCCCAUGAUCGAGAACAUCAGAAGAGAGGCGGAGGACACCGCCAUAUUAAUUAUGGAGGAACGGUUGAUACAGGAGCGUCUGGCGAUGGCUCGAAUGGCAGAAGAGGUGGCACGGCAGACAGCAGAGAUGGCUGUCAGGGAGUUGGCACAGGCCCGGUUCGCCAUUCAGACCAUUGCAGAAGAGCCAGAAGAUGCUGAUCAAGAGUGCACACGUCUGUGGUUGCUCCAUCAUGCGAAAAUUGUGCUUAUGUGUCAAGUACCUUCAGUUAAGGAGUUUCUUCCAGAAGGACAAGAGGCAGAGGCUGUAGACACUUCGUUCACUGUUCAAACCCCUGUGGAGGAGUUCAAGUCCUCUUCACCUCUACAGGAGGAACCAGAGCCUGAGCCUGAACCUGAAUCUGAGGAGCUUCAAGAGGAGGAGGAGCCCAGGGACUCAAGUGAAGCCGAAGAAGAACCUGAGCCGAUCACUGAGCAACCUCAGUCCAUUACCAGCACCUCUGUCUCACGAACUGAUUCACCGGUGGAGAGUACAGCUCCUGAAGAGGAAAGCAGUGUCCCUUCCAGAUGUGAUGUGCUGAAGAGAUGUUUCAUGCGUGUACCAUAUGCGCCACAGGCCCUUGACAACUUCAACCAGUUCCUGAAAGACAUUGACGUCACUUUGCCCAAAGUGCCUUCCAUGCCCAAUCUGCCCCCUGCUCUCUCUCAAAUCACCCAACAGCUGCCGUCACUCCCUCCUCAACUGACACAGCUACCGCAACAAAUUUCCCAGCGAUUCUCCAAAAUCACCCCACAAUUCCCAAACCAGACGCAUUUUAGUGCUCCUCAUUUUCCCAGCCUCCCCGUGCAGUUAUCCAGCCUCCCACACCAGCUGUCCAACAUUCCGCAACAAAUUUCAAACCUCCCGCAAAAGGUAUCCAACUUUCCACAAAGACUGACCAGCAUUCCACAGUUUCCCAUCCUUCCGCAAAAGGUCUCCAACAUUCCGCAACAACUCUCCAGCAUUCCACAAAAAAUAUCCAGCAUUCCACAAAAGAUAACCAGCAUUCCACAGAAGAUAUCCAGCAUUCCACAGUGUGCCCAGCAGUGCUACUCUAACAUUCAGAGCCGUCUCAACAAACUUAAGCCGGAACAGGAUGCCCAAGGAGCAACCGCAAAGAGUAGGGAUCUGGAGUUGGACCGUCUUGUCCACCAGUCCCCGCUCCAUUCCCCCCGUACCCCUUCACCCUCUUCCCCAAGCUCCGUCCUAGACUUACCCAAUGUGCCCUCUUACCCCCGUCUGCCACCCAUCACCCCUUCCAGGCAGUUGUCAGGUGUCUCCAACCCUGCUUUCCACAUUGAGGACGACCCCACCUCUGCUAGACCCUCAGUGAGCUCCAGACUGAGUGUGCAUCCGGCCGUGAAUGUUGAAGAUGUCGACUCGGACCGAGGGAAAGGAGGAAGACGAUCUCGCCCCAUACCACCAAUAAUAAACCCACAGGACCCUAACCUCAAAACCCUCACCGUCCCUGGUGCCCGUAAAGCCAAUCGGACCAGUGUAUGCAGAGACAGAAAACAACAGACAAUUUGGACCAAGAUCAAGAGACUUUACUCACAAGAUGAUGAGGAAGAAGAGGAGUUAGAAACUGCAGUCCGGGCCUGGCCAAGCCAGACUAGCAUCUCAAGUGCAGAUGACGGGCUAAAUCAACGGCCAGCCUCUUCAGCCAGCCAAACUAGUACUGUAGUAAAUGAGAGGUUACAGGAGCUGGUCAAGCUAUUCAAAGAGAGAACAGAGCGAGUCAAAGAAAAGCUGAUUGAUCCAGAUAACUCAGAUGAUGAAACACCACCUGCCUCCCCAGCUAAGCAAGCUCCAGCUCCUCCUCCUCCUCCUGAACCUCCAGCAGAGCAGAAAACAGAGCAGGGGGUAUCCGAGGCCUCUGAUGAGAAAGAAGAGGAGAAAACAAAGGUCCUGUGCUGUAAAGUGAAACCUCAGUCCAAGAUUGGUCGGCUUCUGCAGUACCGUUUUCCAUCCAGCAUCGACCCCUUCACCAAUCUGAUCUACGUACUUUGGCUGUUUUGCGUGUCUUUGGCGUUUAACUGGAACGUGUGGAUGAUUCCUGUGCGUUGGGCAUUUCCAUAUCAAACACCGGAUAACAUCCAUGUUUGGCUGUUGAUUGACUAUUUAUGUGAUGCCGUUUACAUACUGGACAUCCUGGCUUUUCAACCCAGACUGCAGUUUGUGCGUCAUGGAGACCUUGUGACCGGCAAGAAAGAGAUGAGAGAUAAUUACAUCAAAGCUGUACGAUUCAAGCUGGAUGUGGUCAGUCUGCUUCCUCUGGAGCUCCUCUACUUCAAAACAGGGAUUAAUCCACUUCUUCGCUUACCCAGGAUCCUGAAGUUCAUGUCUUUCUUUGAGUUCAACAAGCGUCUAGAAGCUAUACUGACCAACGCUUACGUUUACAGAGUUAUUCGAACCACCACCUACUUGCUGUAUGCCGUCCACUGCAAUGCAUGUCUGUACUACUGGGGCUCUUCAUAUGAAGGUCUGGGUUUCUCAGACUGGACCUAUGAUGGGACAGGCAAUAGUUAUUUUCGCUGCUACUACUUUGCUGUGAAGACUUUGCUGACCAUUGGUGGUCUGCCAGAACCCACAACACUUUUUGAGAUUGUGUUCCAGCUCAUCAAUUACUUUAUUGGAGUGUUUGUGUUCUCCAUCAUGAUUGGUCAGAUGAGAGACGUUGUUGGUGCAGCGACUGCAGCUCAGACAAAGUAUCGCUGUGUGGAUAACACAGUGAAGUACAUGGCCUCCUACCGCAUCCCUAAAGAUGUGCAGAACAGAGUGAAAACCUGGUACAGCUACACAUGGCAGUCCCAAGGCAUGCUGGAUGAACAAGAGCUAUUAGAUCAACUACCCGACAAGAUGAGGCUGGAUAUAGCAGUGGACGUCAGCUACAACAUUAUAAGUAAAGUGCCACUCUUCCAGGGCUGUGAUAGACAGAUGAUCUUUGACAUGCUGAAGAGGCUCAGAUCAGUGGUGUACCUUCCAGGAGACUAUGUCUGCAAGAAGGAUGAAGUGGGUCGUGAGAUGUACAUUAUAAAGGCAGGGGAAGUCCAGGUAGUUGGUGGUCCCGAUGGAAAGACAGUCUUUGUGACCCUGAAAGCAGGAGCUGUGUUUGGAGAGGUCAGCUUGCUUGCUGUGGGUGGAGGAAACCGGCGGACAGCUAAUGUUGUAGCACGUGGUUUUGCUAACCUCCUCAUCUUGACCAAAAAGGACCUGAAUGAGAUCAUGGUGCACUAUCCAGAGUCCCAGAAACUGCUGCGAAAGAAAGCCAGGAAAAUGGUGAUGAAGGAUAAAAAGCCUGCUGAGAAGAAAGAGGAAGAAAAGGAGCCCAUCCCGAUUAUUCCUCCUCGUGCCGAGACGCCCAAACUGUUAAAAGCUGCGCUGGAGAUGACAGAGAAAACAGGAAUGAAAGGAACAUGGUCCAAACUUGCAGUCCAUGAAGCACACUCAGAUCAAGACGCAGACACUCUGUCUCAGAUAUCAGACAGUUCAAUGCAAAUCCCCACGACCCCCACUGGCGCUGGAGACAGGAAUGCAUUUGCUGAAGAGGGCCCAGCAGAGGAGGAAAUUAAAUAG